UUUGCACCGAAGCCACAAGAUGCUUUCGAUCCUGCGCCGCACUGCCGCCGCCAAGAACACGUACACUGGCACGUGGGCCCGUGCCAUGUCCACCUUCAAAGACUUGGAAAAGGUCGGCAUCAAGACCAACGCGACCAUCUACCGCAACUUGAGCUAUGCCGAAUUGGCCGAACACGAGUUGAAGAACAAGGAAGGCCACUUCGUCGCGAACGGGACUUUCACCGUCGACACUGGCAAGUUCACGGGCCGCUCGCCCAAGGACAAGUACUUUGUCGAACAAGAACCGUCCAAGAAGAACAUCUGGUGGGGCUCGAUUAACCAGCCCAUGAAGCCCGAGGUGUUUGAUGAAUUGCACCAAACCGUGGCCAAACACUACAAUGCCGCUGAAAAGGUGUACGUCUUCGACGGGUACUGCGGUGCCAACAAGAACUCGCGCAAGCGUGUACGCAUCAUCACGGAAUUGGCUUGGCAACACCACUUUGUUACCAACAUGUUCAUUCGUGCGCAAACCAAGGAAGAAGUCGAAAACUUCCAGCCUGACUUCACUAUCAUCAAUGCGUGCAAAGUGACGGACGCAGACUACAAGCGCCACGGCCUUAACUCGGAAGUGUUUGUCGGGUUCAACAUUGAAAAGCGCGUCGCGAUCAUCGGGGGCACAUGGUAUGGGGGUGAAAUGAAGAAGGGCAUUUUCUCCAUGAUGAACUACUGGUUGCCGCUGGAAAAGAUCAUGGCGAUGCACUGCUCGGCCAACAAGGGCAAGAAAGGUGACACCGCCCUCUUCUUUGGUUUGAGCGGCACGGGCAAAACGACCUUGUCGGCGGACCCCCACCGCUAUCUCAUUGGUGACGACGAACACGGCUGGGACGACGAAGGUAUUUUCAACUUUGAAGGUGGUUGCUAUGCCAAGACGAUCAACUUGUCAGCCGAGAACGAGCCUGACAUUUACAACGCCAUCAAGCGCGAUGCGAUGUUGGAAAACGUUCACAUUGACCCCAAGACCAACGAACCGGACUACUACAAUACGACCAAGACCGAAAACGGCCGCGUGUCGUACCCGAUCUAUCACAUCGACAACCACGAACCCACGUCGUCGGGUGGCCACCCCAACAACAUUGUGUUCUUGACGUGCGAUGCCUACGGCGUGUUGCCUCCUGUGUCCAAGUUGAGCGACGGCCAGGCCAUGUACCAUUUCUUGUCGGGUUACACGGCCAAGGUGGCCGGUACGGAACGUGGUGUGACUGAACCCACGGCGACGUUCUCGGCAUGCUUCGGCGCGGCUUUCUUGCCCCUUCACCCCACCAAGUACGCCGACUUGCUUCAAGAAAAGAUCCAAAAGCACAAGUCGAACGUAUACCUCGUCAACACGGGCUGGUCUGGUGGCGGAUACGGCGUUGGCAAGCGCAUGUCGAUCAAGGACACGCGCGCAUGCAUUGACGCGAUUUUGGACGGCUCGAUCCAAAAGUCGGAAUUCAAGGUCGACCCAAUCUUCGGUUUGUCUGUCCCUAAGACGUUGGGCAGCAUUUCGCCUUCGAUCUUGAACCCCCGCGACGCAUGGGCUGACAAGAGUGCCUUUGACCAAACCGCCAUGAAGCUGGCCGGCAUGUUCAAGAAGAACUUUGAAAAGUACAUCUCGAAGGACCACACCGACUACUCCAAGUUUGGCCCCGUUGUUUAAGUUUAUAAGUGCGAAGAAUUGAUAGAAAACCCUUCGCUAAUCUGGAUGGAUCGUAUUGAGAUUUUCGAUUGGAGCA